AUGGUGAUCGAACCGGUACACAUAAUAUUUAGAGACGAGCAGUUGGCUUUUAUCGAAGAGCGGGCGACCCGGCUUGAGGCACGAGACCACGUGAUGAAGGUAUUAAAUAAACAUGCGGAGAUUUCUGUUGGGGAAGAACAAGAAGAGGAAGAAGAAGAAGAAGAAGAAGAAGAAGAAGAAGAAGAAGAAGAAGAAGAAGAAGAAGAAGGAGUUGAUGAAGAACGGGAGUGGAAGGAAGAGGAUUUCUUUUGGGAUAACGAACUCGCUCUCGCCUCCUUCGCGAGUCAUACGAAUGAUUGCUCAAACGGCGGUCGUGAUCAAAUUCAGUGGCGGUCACAAUCGAGCGAUUUCGCGAACGAAGGAAUGACCAAUAAUAUGAAGAGAAUGGUGAGGUCGAGCCAAGAUCGAGAAGAGGAUAAGAAGAGCCAUUUGUUGCGAGGACAAGAGCGAGCUUCUGUCGAGACUAUUCGUAAAGUCGAUGAUUGUAAAACAGACGAAUGUUUGGCUUUGAAUUCUAUUCGUUCGAAGAUUUGUCAGUUUCAUUCGAAAGCGCAAUCAACGAGACACGAAAAUUCAAGAAUUCGGAAAACAGGAACUAAAAUUGAACCGAUUUCAUUUAGGAAGGAAUUCGUUAGUAACACUUUUGAUGUGACAAAAAACGCAAUCUUUGAAGAUUUGACAGAAGAGAGUGAACAAAAAAGUCGCAGAAAAGAUACUGUUAAUUCGAUAUACAGUACCGAGAAAAUGUCUGCUUUGCUGCUCGCGCGGCACUCGCGCAGGCAGAAUCUCAUAUCAAUGCCAAGGAGGGAAGUUAUGAUUCCCACAAUUGCGGAAAUUAAGAUUCAGAAUCGACAACCACAUGAACUGGGCGCUUCCGUUGGAGAGGGCAUUCGAAAGUUUUUUUCCGAUAAAAAUGGCCAACCGCCGGCUUCAAUAAUGAUCACCGCCGAACCGGGUUGCACGAAAUUGAACGUAGAAACGUUCAUUGCGCCAAAUACGCACUUAAGAGAAAGGCGAUCUUAUGGAAAUGAGCAGGCUACUUCUUCACGAAAAUUAGGGAAAUAUGCUUUUGAAUCUGGAGAUGCGGCGUUGGGUGACGUUGAUGUCGAUAUUAAAUUUGAUCAAAUGAGAACAAAGAGAGUCAAUGGAAUCUGGAUGGAAGAACCGGAUAUUCAAAGCGAAACGGGAGGUGAAUUUUUUGAAUUGAAUUUGAGCAAGCACGCGAUAUGCACUGAUCCGCAGUAUUCGCAAAGUGGUAAAGGUGAAUUCACCAUGUCAAAUGUGCCAAAAAAGGCCGAAGUUAUCGUACGUGUGAAUGGUCAGGUAUUGCGCGAAGCUAAAAUUACAUGUUUUGGUGAGCACAGAAGCUCAAAUUCAAGUUUUCUGCAUAUAAGCAUUCCGCUCGAUUAUGCUGAAGGUUCUUUAAGUAUAAGCGUCUCAUGGGAUGCUUCGCAUCGUACAAGGAUGGGGUUAGUAUCUGAUCCAGUCCUCGUCAUGUUAUCUCCAAACGCUGAUCUCGUUCAUGAGCUUCAAUCAGCUUUGACCGAGGUGAACAGUUUGUCCAAGAAUGUCUGUAACACUUUGAAGCGAUAUUUGAAAACGUGUUUCAUUAAAGAUCGUGACUUCCAUUCUUACAGAAAUCGAAAUUUUUGUACACUUCAGAAAGAUAUGACACUAUGGGCAUUGAAGAACGGCUUUAAGAACGUUUCGAAGAGAUUGCUAGAACCGCAAGUGUUCGCUUUGAAAGAUGAAUCAUCGUUGUUGACCAUAGACGAGGAUUACAAAACGUACGUGUAUGCAGCUACAUUAUCGGAGUCUAUCGAAACAGUACGCGAAGUCAUUUCUUUGGGAGGAGAUGAGAGUUUAUUCGGCACCGUUACUAGUGUUGGGAAUUUAACAACGAAAGAUACCGCUUUACACGUCGCAGCAAUGCAAGGGAACGCAGAGUUGAUAUUGGACCUUCUAUCAGUCGUUGAUUCUAUCGAUUUAUGGUAUACUUUGAGAAAUGAUAACGACUUUACGCCAAAAGAAUUGGCACAUUUGGCUGCGCAGAGUUCUACAUGUACCUCCCAAGUGCUAUUACGAGUUCUUGACGCUCCGCUUCGAAUCGCAGCAAAUGCCGUUCACUUUUCUUAUCUGGAGUUUAGAUCUGAAAUAUCGCAUGAUAGGAACAGUGAGGAUGAUGAAACGGAAAUGCAAAAUGAAACGGAAAUGCGAAAUGAAUUUGCAUCAAUAGAUCAUAUCGAACAGGUCGAAAUUCUCCGCGAAGAAGUUUACCCGCGCACUUUUGAACUUAUCCUUGAAAGUUUCGAUGCAACCGAGCAAGAAAAUGACGAACAACUAAAAAAGAAGCAGCUUCAAUAUCUGGAAAUUGCAAGUAAGAUACUCGCAGACGAAGAGAACUUCUUGAGGCUUUUCUCGAUAGUGCAAGCCAAAGAAAGGAGCGAAAAACUCGACGGUUCUUGCAGCACGAAAAAGGAAAAGAAAUCUACUCAGUCCACAACCUCCGCAUCAGAAUUUAGUGCGAACGCGUUUUUUGAACAGGUUCAGUGUGGCGCAAAGUUAGGUCGUUUUAAGGCUGGAUGUAAGUUGCGAAGAUUUAUAAACGACUAUGUUGAAGGCAAGGCGAUUUAUGCCUUUAGCGAUCCAGUGGUUGAAAAAUCAUUUCUUCUCGAAUCUUCGUUCAACGAGCAAAAAUUCGACGUUUGGAGAAUCAUGUUAAUCUUUUCCAUUUUCGUCGGAAGACAUUUAAUCGUGCUCGCUGAAAGCUCCGAAUUUAAAGCCCUGUCCUGGUUCGUUUUAGGCGCUGCUUUUACAUUACAAGCGAUUAUAAUUUAUGCUUUGGUGGUUUAUUCGAAAUUUUACGUGAGAUACAGAGAAUAUAUUAUAAUUCUGUUACAGUUCCUGUUUUCGCUGCUAGUGAAUAUUUCCGAAACUAAAACCGACAGAGCUUUGAGCUCAGUUUUACUCCAUUUCACGGUUUUAACUAUAUGUUCGAGUAGGAUAGAACGGCAUUUGGUAACUCUGUUCUUGGCCAGCCGCCUUCUUUUUCGCGGAGUUCAGUUUAGCGCACUCGCACAUACACAUACGUCGAGCGUUCUCGACGUAUGCUUGAACGGCUUCAUCGAUUUUCGGAACAGAAUAGGACACGAUAAUUUUAUCACGAGUCUAUUGGUGCUUUUAAAUUUCACAAUUUAUCUCCCAUUGGAAUUGAGAUCGCGUCGCCAAUUUGCUGCAAAAUACGGCAUCUUUUGGAUGAAGAGAGAGUGGCAAGACGAUUCCGUUGAAAGCGGAGAUCAAAUAUACCUGAAGCAAAUUCAGGAAGAAAUCGAUUCCCGAGGAAAUGGAAACUGUUUUUCACACUUGUUUAAAUAUGUUUCUAAUCAAACGAAAAAGUUUCAAGCGAAAGCAUGCUUUGCUUUUCCGGAUCCAAAACAUGAACGCGAAUUCAUCCUCGAUUCGGCAAUUAUGCAUCGACCAUAUGACUGCGGAUUAUAUGUCAUUCUCUCAUAUUACGUUGUUGCCAUGUUUUUGAAGCUAUUCAACGAAGAGCAAGGUGGUUUCAAGGGGAUUCAAGUUGCUCUUUUUACAUCGUGUAUUUACAACAAGGAAACGAUGGAUGAUAUAAACAUCGCGGAUGAUCCUUAUUUGAGUUCAACUACGGUCACGCCGAUGUUUCUCUUAAAAACUUUCAGUUUGUUCGUACCAGCGAUUUGCCUUAGCAUUGGCAUCUUCUUUCCUCGAUUUUAUUGUUUACAUAGAGGACUUUUAGUCAUGGCUAUGCGAAACAUAUGUCCUUGGUCUGCGUACGUUAAAUCGGAUUAUCCACAAAUACUCAACUUGGUCAUAUAUCGAUCAAGCGCGUGCAUAUUGAACGUCAGAUUGGAACGACAUAUUCUAAGUUUGUUCUUGAAUCACGUCGUGCAACCGUAUUUCAUAUCCAGAUAUAUGGUCGAAACCGUAAUCUCGAGUGGUCAAUCUUGCAAAGGAAACAACAUCAUCUUACAGUCGUCCAUUUUCAGUACGGAGUAUCCUCUCGCUGCAAGUCUUCCUUUGGGAUUAUUAUUCGGUUUCGCGCAAGUUUUGAUCCCUUAUCAUCUCGAGCAAAGCCGACGGAGAUUGUUCGCGUUGAAGAAACGAGAGCAAAAGGAGGCAGCGAAAAAAGUCAUUUAG